AUGCUCCCCUCUAGCAGGUUUAUAUCUCGAAUUCUUCCUCUAACGCAGAAACGAUUUGCCUCUCUGAUUACUACUCCUAAUGAUCCUAAAUUGGUGAACCUCUUAACUCGUCUUGAUAAGUUCGACAAGAGCUCCAGAAUAUUCGAUAAGUUGGAUGAGUUGUACAUUUUAACACAAAGGAAGGGUUUUUUCAACUUGAACGCUAAUAACCUUCAAUUCAUGGCCAAUAAUAAUCAGAUAAGUGAUAGAUACACGAACCUUUACAACUUUAAUGACCUGAGCAAGAUAGUUGCCAAUCAUUACUCUAAUAUGAUGCUUUUUCCCACUGUGGUGUCUGGUAGUUCCGCAUCUUCUAUGAUGAUCACUCCUAAUACUCCUAUUUCUGGUUUACAGUUUAUCUCAGGGAAUGCUGUUGGUGGCUUCAGUAGAAAUGGUCCUCUUGAUAAAUAUCUAAGACUACUUAGUAACUUGGCCAAAAAUGAUGUCGAGAUGAAAAGUCGAAUCGAACAGGUUCUUAAAGCCUUUGAUAAAGAAGAUGAUUUCUUCUUCAAUUAUGUUCUGGAGUUCUGGAUAAGUGGUAAGAGUUUCAAUAAGAUGAGAGCCAAGAAGUUACAAGAACAACAGGAACGACAAGGAGGUAAGGGAUCCUUACCGAACAAGACUACGGCGCUAUGA